GCUGAGUUCUCCGAGCUGAACCUGGCUGCUUAUGUCACGGGCGGCUGCAUGGUGGACAUGCAGGUCAUGAGGAAUGGCACCAAGGUGGUAAGGUCCUUCAAGCCCGACUUUGUCCUCAUCCGGCAGCAUGCCUACAGCAUGGCACUGGGAGAGGACUUCCGCAGCCUCAUCAUAGGCCUCCAGUAUGGUGGCAUCCACACAGUCAACUCCCUCUACUCUAUCUACAACUUCUGCAGCAAGCCCUGGGUGUUCUCUCAGCUCAUUAAAAUCUUCAACUCGCUGGGUCCUGAGAAGUUCCCCCUCGUGGAGCAAACAUUCUUCCCAAGCCAUAAGCAGAUGACACUUGUUGCAACACUGUGGGCCAACCACAAUGCAUAA